AUGCAAAUGGAAUCAUGGCGACAACGAGGAUAUGUCCCCGACUCGGACGAGGAAGAUGGCUUCGAUUCUCUAGAUUCGAAGAAGGGCAAUGCCGAAAAUAGCCCUGCUCUCGAAAAUCUUGAAUAUAUCGACAACCCUUCAUCGUCACCGAAGGAAGGGACGACGAGUGUAACGAAGGAACAACGGGCUGAGAAUGGCUCCAUCACACUCUCAGAUACGGAGGAGGUGGCUCGUCGGGACCCGAAUCGAGCAAGUCCUCACCUGGCAAAUGCCGCGCAUGAUGAAACGACACCCAAACCAAGAAGAGGGCGCAAGACUUACGGACUUCGAUCAUCCGCUACGAAAUCAACGGAUCGCCGCAGCGGCGAGCUGCAGAAUACCCGGGCCCCUGCAAAGAAUAAAGAAAGCAUAUACGAUUUUCCAACGUCAUCACAGGAACAUGACAGGCCUCAGUCGGAGCCCUCGAGCCGCGAGUCUACACCGAAGCCCUUGAAGACCAAGCGGCCCUCCCAAUUACAGCCUAUGGCCAAGCAUGUCCAGCCAAUAGAGCCGCCACCAUUACCACCACCACCACCACCACAGGAGGCUUCGGAAGAUGACUCUCCAUUAUCUUCUGUGCCAUCAUCCUUUGGCUCUCCGCCGGCCAACCAUCCUACAGAAAUACACGCCGAUGCUGUGAUGGAGGCAGAACCAGAAAGACCGGCAGGCGAGCAGGCAGAUAUACGGAACGCAGUGCUCGCUGAACCAGACGCCAACACAGAGGAUGUAUUACCUCACCUUGGUAUCCCCGAAGAAGUGUUGCGAGAAUUACCGCAUGCUGCGCAAAGAACAUUCCGAAAGCGCAAUGCCAUCCAAAUGCAUCCAUACCAUCUGGAACAGCUCAAGUUUGCCCAGCAAUUGCAAGCAAGGGGUGUCAAGCCUUUUGGUCGACCUCCACAGCAAAGACAGCAUAUCACUGAUGAAAGUCAAGGGCAAGAUUCAUAUGAUCCCGAUGCACCUCCGUCAAGUCCUCCCCUGGAAGAAUAUCUUCCGCCAAUAAGACACGAACGGCAUCGUGGCCCACAAUCUGCUGGGCAAGGACGGGGACACAACGACCCAGAUCAUCCUCGGCCAUCGCAAAAUCAUCUGGCAAAGCGGCGGAAGACAUCUCAUUCUGGAACUCCCAAUGAACAUCGAAACUUACACCAACCAUGCAAACCUCGUGGCGUUAGAGACAACAAUACACCUACUGGGAAUCAAAAAGGUAUCUCCAUAUAUGACCUAUCAUCAAGUCCCCCACAUGCAGGCCGUUUAUCCUCAAACUCAAGAACCCCUCGUGCCUCAGAAGAAGGCUUCCGGUUUCCUCGUGGGUGGUUGCCGCCGGGAGAAGUUGCGAAACCCGGGGCACAGGAAGUAGAAGAAGUCAGUGAGGCUCAAUUACCUGGUGCGGGUACAGAUGAUGACGAGGAAGUACAGUCCAUCUCAUCCAACAGCCAGAGUGAUCCAGAAGAAACCAAGUCAGAUGCUGAAGAACGUGAAAUCCGACGAUUCCAACGAAUGAUCCGAGGAGCGCUCCCUGCGUCACAUGCUCGACUGAAUCAGAAGCAAAUUGCAGAUAAAGAAAAAGCCGCACAAUUAGAUCGUCAUGCUUCUUCGCAACGACCGGAUGGAAAGGGUGUUGCGCGGAAGCUCAUUCGAAAGGGCGAUCGCUCAAGGGAACUAGGAACGCAACCAUCAAGAGGCUUGUUUGAUCUUGGAGAUUCUGACUCGGACGAUGAGGACAGCCGAAAUGAUGCCACAGGAAAUGCCUCCAUAGCCAAUGACUCCAGCCAGAGGUUGACUGGCACUCUUGGCCUCGAAGACCCCUUCGUGCUGGAAGGGGGUGAUAUUUCUGAGGAUAAUCGCAUCGACUACAUGUUUGCGUCUGCUCUGCGCAACUCAACAGGUUCUCGGCACAAAACAAACAGUCUAAAAAGGCCAAAAUCGAAACAAAGUUUGCUCAAUGGGGAGAGACAGCCGAAGAGACCUCGACAAACUCGAAUGACUGAUGCCUCGUAUGGAGCACGAAGGGCUAAGAAAUCCUCGACUGUCCAGCGACCAAGAAUAGGAAUACUGGAUGCACCAGAUGUUGCCACAAAGCCUCGCCAAGAGCAAUCGCGACUGCUCAGGGUAGCGACAAGACGACCACGCUCACGCAAAGAUGGAGGCAGGCAGAGUCCUACUCAGAAGUUCGUGAAACUGGCCUCAAGGGAUGACACAGUGGAUGCAAAUGAGUCUUUGCGAGAUUGGAAAAGGGGAGCUAUUCGGCAGGCUAAGAUUAGCCCACCUCGUCCGAGAGUUCGCCAAUACCGACACUGGACAACAACUCUUUCGAUUCUCAGUGCUCGAGCAAAAUCGAACACUAAAGAUGACCGGAUACCGAGCCAAUUCCUUGAUGCAGAGGCAGACGCUGAUGUCUCGAACACCGACACAGUGGAACUAGAACAGGCACAGACACCGCCUGAAUCUAACACAAUACCAGCUCCGCCAAACCAAGCCCCAGUGGCCGUGACUUCGUCUCGUCGAAAACCAGAGCAGCGCGGUCACACGUGGGUUGUUCCUAGGAACGUUGCCAUAACAUCCUUGAAGAGGAAUACCAUUAGGCCUGCGGCAACUAGUUUGGCAGGCCCUGGUAAGAGCCAAAAAGUGGUUCCGGCCAUGUUCAAUCAGUCAUUGUCUAUUCUUAACAGACACUAUAAGAACCAGCGAACAUCUAAACCUUACAAGCCCAGUUUGACCUUGGAUCGAUAUGUCUCCGACAGUGGAUCAUUAAGUACUGGAGGCAUUUCCUCGCCCAUGAGUGCUACUGCUCCUGCUGUUGCCACCUCAGCUGAAUCACGAACGCAAAGGCUAACCCCCAAAGCCCCUGUGUCUCGACGGCGGCCGAAGAAGAACCCACCCAACCGAAUCAAUCUCGAUGCCGAUGAAUUCCGUCAUAAUCCAGAUCCUGUUACCAUAGUCUCCGAUGGAUCGGAACCUGCUACCAUAACGCACGUCGGACACGCACGCCCUUCGUCUUCCAGUGCCGGCGUGCUUUUCAACUGGCAACGCUUCUACCCGGUCGACUUCGGAGUACCAUCUCUGCGCGACAAUACAUUCUUCCAUGAGACUACAUUCAUAGGAAGCGGGGAAUUUUCUCGUUCUUUACGAAUCGCAGAGCGGGACUUCGAUGGGGGUGCCACUGCAUUCUCCAUCCAGCUCAGAGACGUGACAUUCCAAUGGAAUCGCUGGAACGAUACAGUAUCAUCGGAGAUGGGGCAGGUCUUUGAUGUGAUAAUCGAUAAUGUUGAGCGAAGUGCUGUCACUUCCCCGGAGACGGGCAUUACGGCUGCUUUGGGUGUGGCAUCGAGGCUAUACAGAUUGUUGGUCAGAUACAUCACGGAAAAUCUAGUUUUCAUCGACCCGGUUGAUCGUACAGGUUUUGUCACUAGAGCAACGGGGCUGGUCUCCCAGGUGAGAGACCCGUUGGCUGCGUUUCUGACUAGCGAUGAAUACAACAAGAGCGGGCUCGUCAAGAUUGCUUGCUUCAACAUGAUUUUCUCGAACCAGAUCUAUCAAGUUGCUUCUCAUCGGCUCGUCAGCCCUGCCCUGGCGACUGAAGCUUUGGAUCUUGUCAAAAUAUCCGCUAAAGACGUUGCAAGCUUGAUCACGUCCAAAGUCGGUUCUUCUGAGUUUAAAACGUUGUUCAAGGAAAACAGCGAGCCUGAACGCCGCGAGUCGGGGAUUCGCGAUGAGUAUCCAUCGGUGGAGGCUUACGUUGUCACCAAACAUCUUCUACGCAGCUCAGACAACUGUAAGGGCUGGUUUGAAGAUCUUCAGCUUGAGAUUUUCAACAAUGGAAUCAUUCGCAAUGAAAGGGAUGUGGGUAGCCUGGAGGCUGGAUGGCGUGGCAUAUUCACAGUCUUACCCUUCAACGAAAUAGAUCCGCUUGGGAUUGCGCGCCCUGGUUAUCAGUUGACAGCUGUCAAUGACAAUUGGAAAUUAGCGAAACGGCUUCUUGCCCCAGCCCUGGACAAAUUCGAGUCCAACUCUAAUGCCUAUCCCAUCUCAUACAACAACUACUGUCAAACCCUGUUCCUCAGAUGUCAUCGGCUUAUCAAUUCCUGGGGGUGGAGAGAAUGCAAACCUAUCUUGGACACGCUAUUCGACUUCUUUGCCAAGAAUUCCCUCCACAACCUGCAACUUGAGGAAGCUCGUGGUUCACCUUCAUUUCUUGACGAACUUGAUAACAAUCCCUCCCUGGAUGCCCGAGUGGGGGAACCGUGUUUCCACACAUUUCUCAAGAUCCUAGCGAGUGGUCUCCGGUUCUUGGCGAAGAGAUAUGACAAGAAAAAGAUUCGAAACUUUGCCUGGCGUCUGCUACCUAACCACGGUCGUGUAUACCCGAAAGAGAAGCGAUUGCGGCAUGAGGAUCUCGAAGCACUAAGAAAUCACCAUGAUCUUCUCAGCACCCUGUACUGGGCUGUUCCCGAUGGGUGUCGCCCUCGACUGGAGACGAUACGUAAUCUGGUCCAUCCUGCCACUUCACAUCGUGAAGCGUGCAGCAUGAAUUUGCGCUCAUGGUCAAGACUUGUUCGAUUCAAGCUAUCUACGGAUGAAGAUAUUGCGGGACUAGAUCCGUUUGGGGACUGGUAUGGCUAUUUCGUUACGGAGCUGCAGCAACAGCAUUCAUAUGCUCGCAAAGAAAUUGAGGCUCAAAUCACAGGUGACAGAGAGGUUUCUCAACAGCAUGUUGAACGCACAAUCUCCAAGAACCAGCGGCAGAUUGAGACCCUGUUGAGCAACGCGCUUAGCGGGCUACGGAUUGCUGUCCAGCUAGCUCCGAAGCUGGAGCAUGCACACAGGCUUGUUCUGAGAGCUCCUUUCGAGUCUAUCCUUACACUUUUCAACCCCAAGCUCCCGCGUGUGAAUGUCGUUGUCUCCGAGGCACUGCAGGUCUUGGUAGCGUACACCCUGAAAGACGUUCCAGCUACAUCCACAUCAGAUGCUCCUGCGGUGGUAAACACUGAUGAGGACAGCCAGGAGUUCGGUGACUGGGAUGCCAUUCAGGCUGUUUGGGACCAGCAAAGUCCCACUAGUGAAGGCAUUGAACAUAUAGAGAAGGCUUUCCAUCCGAUUGUCUCUCGUCUCGUUUCAAACUGCUUUGGUGAGGACCACUGCCCAGAGGAUGCGAUUCUUCUCAGCGUGAUAGAAUGCUGGACGUCAAUCGCCCAGGUUCUCAUUCGCCAUGGCCUCCGAAAUUGGGACAAUUAUCUGAGCGAGUUCGGCGAUGAUUCCUGGACGCGGCUUCGACAGACAGUUCAGACAAGAAAGUUUGGCCCGCUGUUCCUUGCCGCAUGUAUUGAAAAGGACGUGCAGAUUAUUUCUGAUUGCCGAAUCCAACUUAUGAGUAUGUGGAUGUCAUCGCUGGUCGAGCGCUCCUCGAUGUUGAAGUUUCAACAUCGCCUCACAGAGGCCCUUUUGAACGGAAAUCCCACAGAUCCCUUGCUUGCCAAUCUUCCGUUCUCUAAGGAUACGAAGAUUGACCGGUAUACAAUCACAUUGGAGGAAAUUGGCUCUCGGCGACUAUCUCUUCUCUCGAGUUUAUCAUCUAAUAUGCGUGAGCAGCUCCAGGGCAUGGAACUUUCUGGCAAUCGGAAUGUCUCCGUGACCAAGCAAGAAUACUCUGAGAUGCUUCAGCGGCUCAUGACUUCUAUGAAAGACAAUUACCAAGAGCUAGGUAAUGGAACUGUGCAGGCUGCUCAAGGAGAAUACGUCGAGUUCGUUCAACGCGUCAUCGGCUUCCUUCAGCAACAUACCAGCGACAUCAAACCCAUCGACCCCUUCUUCACGGACCCUGCUUCGUUCCCCUUGCCGUCUACCGACCCGCGCUACAUUGUUGCGAAGCUCAAACGCUACGAGUCGAAGUUAUCUUCCAGCAAAGAGAUCCAGACCUUGACCGGGUUCGUCCAGAGUAUUUCCGAGCGCGCAGCCAUUGACGGCCAACAGAGCUACCUGGUUGACCAGUUGCACACAUCAAUGAAGAAUACCUACGAAGCUGGGGACCCCGACAAACCCACUCUCCGCGCCGUCCUCUUGCAAUGCGUGUUUCCAGCGUACCUGGAAGCGACGCUUCCCAACCGCGCCGCCUGGAUCCUCAGCCGUCCCAUCAUCCAGACCAUCACACUGGAAUUCAAGGAUUUGGUGUGUAACAUAGACACUCUGGACGAAGCCUGUGUGGCUUCUGUCGUCGAUAUCAUCGAUGUUGUGUACCGAGCCUCUUGCCAAGCACUGGGUCUGGUCGCCUUCCGUCGCCAUCGUCUGCAAAGUCCUACAACUCUACUCAUGCUUGCCGCCUUCCUAGACAUGAUUUCCUCGGCCCUGCCAGUGAUAGAUUACAUCGAUCGAGCCACCAGCGAAGGGGAGGGUAUUUUCACGCACAUCGAGUGGAUCCGCGAUUUCGCGAAAGCCGUGGGCCAAUGUCUACAAAUCACAGAUUCAGACAUGGACUCGCCCUCGAGCAAUGCCCGUAUCACAUUCCCUAUGGUCCCGCCGCCCUCCGAUAGCAGGAAAACUGAGCUCUUCAGCACGGCUAACAACCUCGCCUCGAAUGAUCUCCAGCUCUAUCUCAGAAAAUGGUCUCACCAUCAGGACAAGUACUACUUCACUCGUCCUGGUCAUGAGUCCCAGGAGGUCACAAUCGAGCCUGAGAUUGCUGUUCUGGUGGCUAGUCUGAGUGAAGCGCAGAAUGUCUUUGAGGAUGCUGCGAGGGGAUUCGUCGAUCGUGCCAAGGUUCUGGAGUUGGUGUCUUGA